AUGCCGGACCUCCCACGCGCACACAUUCUGACAUCGCAAUGGGAGCUUCAUGAGCGAAAGAUUGUUCGCGAGCGAUAUGGAAGCGUUCUAUCGCGAGGUUUGAUUUUAAAGCGUGAUCAUAGUGUAGCCCAUGCGGAGAUGACCAAACACGAUGCGAUCGCCUUAGAAGGUGCACCCCUGUUUCGCGAAGCAGACAUGGAUUUGGGUGUCUUUGGGACAGUUCUAUCUGCUUUGCACUGCAAUCCCACCGAAGAUAAAGCUGACUCACGUUAUUGUGCAUGGGUCUGCACACGGGAAGAGCCCGUUGUCUAUGUCGGAGACCGGCCGUUUGUGCUACGUGAUGCACUGAAUCCAAGGCAAACAAUGAGCAUGAGCAGUCGUGCUGAGAAUCUAGAGGCUAUUGAAAAACGGCUCAAGCACGAUAUCCUGACGGAGGCAGUGAAGAACAAUGGAUUGCUCCUCGUACAUGAGGAGCAAGGAGACUCGCAAGACCUCAAAUCAAUGUGGGUUGCUGUGGAGAAAGGAGAAGUUCGUACAGUGCGUGAGGUCUUUGCGUGGGUUCGAUCUCAAGGUUGGCGCGUUUCGUACCAUCGGCUACCAGUAGCACCAGAUCAGCCUCUUGAGCACAAUUAUCUGGAUGCCUAUACCCAGGUAAUCAAGGAUACGGACCCGCUCAAGACCUGCUUUGUGGCCAACUGUGGUGCUGGUGUAUUUCGCACAACUUUUGCAAUGAUAGCAGCUGUGCUGGUACGCCGGCGGCAGCUGGUGCUGCUCACCAACACUGACCCGAUGAAGGAAAAGGACGGACAACAGCUGGACACACAAACAUUGCCCACUACGCUUGGAAAUACAUUGCGUCGGGCACAAGAUAAUAUGACGCAAAACCACAAUCUUCUGCGUCUUAUCUAUGUGCUAAGCCACAGUUUGACCACCAAAGAUACAAGCGGUAUGAUUGAGCAGCUGCUAAUGCAGCCGGUCCUUCUAAAAUCACUUCAAGAGGCUAAUCUGGGGGACUAUGGUAUUAUUCGUCAACUUUGUGGACUAUUAGACAAUGGUUUGGAGUGUAAAGCAUCUGUUGAUAUGGCCAUCGACGCAUGUGCCCAUGUUGUUAAUCUGAGAGAAUCAAUUUUGUCGCGACGCCUUCAUUAUUCGACAGCCGCCGCUAUCGAUGAAUCACAAGCAAAUCUGUUUUUGAGGCGAGCAUCCAAGGCCUUAGAAGUGUACUACUUUCUGAUUGCCUUUGCAAGCUAUGUCGAGGAAAGUCGGACAGCCUUGUUUCGUUACCGAUUUGCAGAGUGGCUUAAACAGCGAGCAGAGAUUUGGCGCGGUAUUGUGCGCAUCCGUACGCUGCGUCAUCAUCUUACGUUGUUUGAGCCAGUUGCAGACUUAUCCAUGAUCAGCCGCGGUGAUGCUAGCGCAUUGGCUGCCCCUAAUGACUCGGUACGUCGACGCUUUGGUGAGGUCCUAGCGCAAGGAGCACUGGUCACAGGCGAUGAAUUUGCUGAAUUCGUUGUGCAUAACAGAACUGGGACCGUGUUGCGUUCGGGUUUGUUGCUGAAGCGCGAUGUCUGGCGCGAGUUUUCCCUCGAUAAAGGCAACCACUUGCGUGGCGUUGUGAAUUUCCGUCGCGUCCUCGAUACCAAUAUCUUUGGCACGGGCCAACCAUCCGUGGAAGGGUUCAAAAAUCUCCUCAACUACGUACUGGAUGAACUGACCAAAGAGGGAGAGACAGAACACACAGUGUUAUGGAUCAACCUGCGGGAGGAGCCACUCGUGUAUGUGAGUGGACACCCCUAUUGCUUGCGCCAGCGCGAGCUAUCACUCCGGAAUAUCACGGAUUAUAGUGGAAUUACACCAACAAGGCUGGCUCAAUUGGAGGAACGACUUCGGCAGGAUGUCGUGCAUGAAUUGGAGACAAGUGAUGGUAAAUUGUUACUGCACACGGAGACGGAGGACGGUACAGUUGUGCCCCUGUGGGAAGAUGCCAAGCCGGAUGAUAUUACCACAGUCCAGGGAAUCAUGGAUCAAGUGGCUGCCUCACUUAAACCGGGUAUACAUCUGCAGUUCCGUCGGGUUCCUAUCACGGCGGAGAAGAGUGUGGAAUUUUCGGAUGUCACGUAUCUUUUACAUGCUGUUCUGGACAGCUAUAACGCAAAUACACCUAUCGUGGUGAACUGCCAGCUGGGUCGUGGUCGUACCACGCUAGUUUCCGUGCUAAUUUUGCUAAUGGAACGCUGGAUCCAGCGCGCUCCGCUACCAGAGCCUGUAGCAGAACCUGCCCCAUCUUACCAUGUCAUUAACAGCCUUUUACGUGUGGUGCCUCAUGGCCAAGAAAUUAAAAGAAUGGUCGAUAAUGCAGUCGAUGCAUGUGGUAACGUGGUCAAUAUUCGGGAUGCUAUCGAACAUGCCUACAUUGCAGCUAGUGAAGCUCCUGAGGCUGAAAAGCAACGCUAUAUUGUACAGGGUGUUCAGAAUUUGCGGCGAUAUUUCCACAUGAUGCUCUUCCAGGCUUACUUGAACAGUGUCAAUCCUAGCACCAUUUUCCAGCAUACAUACGAGCAAUAUGUCCAGAAGCAGCCAGUUAUCACCACGAUUGCGCGUGAUCUCAACAAGCUGGAGCUGGUAACCAUCAACCCACUCCGCAAAAUUGACAUUGGAGAUGGAAUGGCACUCAGUGAUGAAGUGGACGAGGUAGUUCGCAAUCGAUCUGGUACGAUCUUAAGCGCGUCCACGAUCCUCAAGUCAGACUUCUUCAGCGGUAUCCUCAAGGCUGGCCUUCCCUUGCGUAUUGAAGGUAUGCCUAAUUUGCGCCGUGUGAAUCCAUUGGUUGGCCUGUUUCCCUCCAAAGACGAGUUUCACAGUACAUUCCCUACAGCACAGGAGGUGUGGGGUUGCGGCAUGCCCACCAUUGAUGGAUUACGCAGAGGAUUAAAGCGCAUGGGUGCGGAUGUAAACGCACUAAAGCACGUCGUGUGGACCAAUUUGCGUGAAGAACCCGUGUUGUAUGUCAAUGGACGCCCUCAUGUACUGCGGCUGGCAGAACAACCCCUGACCAACAUGGAGGCCACCGGCGUCACAACCGACGUUGUAGAACGUAUCGAACGAGCACUUCAGCGAGAUCUUCGACAGGAAGCUCAACAACGCGAUGGACGUGUACUGCUACAUGACGAGGUACCAAAAGACGACGGUGACUUUACCAUUGUGCCUGUAUGGGAGACCGUACAUGAAGCUGAUAUCCUUACACCUCGGGAAGUAUAUGAGCGCAUGCGCCAAGAGAGUUUCCGAGUUGAUUAUGCACGCGUUGCCAUCACGGAUGAACAGGCGCCUGUGCCCGACGUCUUUGCUGAACUCGAAGAGCGCGUGGAGCACGCAAUUGACACGCAAUCUAUCUGUGUCUUUAAUUGCCAAAUGGGUCGUGGGCGCACAACAAGCGGUAUGAUCAUCGCCUCACUGAUUGUAUCUGUGCGUGAAUUCGGUCAACUCUGGUUGGAGCGAGGUGAAUGGCCAACUACAGAUGAUAUGCGACCAUCAGGUGAUGCCCGAGAGCUCUUAGAAGACGAGUUGAGAGUGGAUGGAGAAUAUCGCUGUAUAUUGCAGCUCGUUGGCGUCCUUACUCAUGGUCGCUUGGCUAAAACGUUGCUGGACCGGGUUAUUGACCGCAUGGAUACCAUCCAGAACUUGCGCAAAGCUAUUAGUAUGAUGAAGCUCCGUGCAGAUAAUACAGAGCCUGGUUCAAAGCGUCAUAUGCAACUCCGCACGGUGUUCAACAAUUACCUCGCACGGUACGGUUACUUGAUUGCCUUCACAAGUUACUUGCUGGACAAGAUACAGUGGGACGAGGACCAGCGCGAGGAUGAUGACAUCUCUGUCAGCUCUUAUUCGCCCCGUCGCAUCAGUUUAAGAUCCAUGGAUGAAUCUCUUAUGAUGAAUUCAUCAACGACGGAGUUAUCGCCGAGCUUCCCGAUAUGGCUCAAGAAGCGGCGCGAAAUCACCGGGAUCCUUGAGAAGGACCACCUUGAGUAG